AUGGAUAUUCCGGACGCCAAUUGUGUUCUUUGUAGUGGGUUUGCGGAGUUCAUUGAUCAUCUUUUGGGUGACUGUUUUUUUGCUAAGUCUAUUUGGAAUCUUUUCACUUUAGCCAUGGAAAUUGUGAGCUUGCCGGAGUCCUGGGAGGAUAUAAAAGUUGUUGCCCAAGUCUUAUCUAAAGGUAGUAAAUUUCAUACUAACGUCUUUAAGUGUGGGUUUGCUGCCAUCGUUUAUCAUUUAUGGGCUGAGAGAAAUGCUAAAGUCAUUGGUAGAGUUCGUCGAAACGUUGAUCAUGUGUGGAACGACAUUGUAUUUGAUUGUGGUGCGCUAAUUAGAACGUGGAGACGGAUUCCUAAAGGCUAUCGGGAAUGGGUCCUUUGUCACGAAUAG